AUGGAGGAUCGCGGUGUUGUUGAGAGCGUGUUUCUACUUAACGAUAAGGUAGGACCGUUUGGUCGUCGAGUGAACCCUGCUCCACUGUGUAGCGAAGAGAUUAAAGUUAGGACGUAUCCGAUUGAAAAAACUAGCAAUGAUAGGGUACAGGAAAGCUUGGUAGUUCGGGAUUUGUUACUUGUGUUGCAAGGGUACGAGGGAGUGUACAUCCGGUACAAUAGCAGCUAUAGAAGAGAUUCGAUGACCGGUCCCGAGUAUAAAGUUGUUAAGAUGAUGAAUGUUACGUUUAAGAGUUUUAGUAAAAAAUUGAUCAAGAUAGGAUCAAUAUUUGUGAAAUUAGAUAAAUUCCAGCAAUGGUGUUGCGACGAGAGAUACGGUAGAGUAAUGCACCGCUUGGGCCAUGAGGUACGCAUAUUUUUGUAUGAAAAUUACUUGAGUUGUAUCAAGGAGUUGGAAAUACGGUUUCAGCAAGAUGUGAAGUUCAGUAUACGAGAUUUGGAGAUGGUACUUGAAGAUGGAUUCAUAUACAAGUUUAGACUUUUAGAUCAGAUAGUUGAUCGGAUUAUGGACAGUACCAGGGAACGGAGUGAAAUGGAUCGAGUUCAAAUGGAUUUUAACAAUUUCAUGGAUGAUCUAAGGCGAGAUACGAAUGACGAGUUAGAUCUACGUGUACUAUACGAUACCCGGGUUUCCUUAUUCGUGAAAGGAGGAUCCUUAAUUAUCAUAGUACAACAGAUAAUGGAACAAGAACAAGGUGAUAUAAGACACGUUGAAUUUUUAUCCCUAAUAUGCGAUUCUCUUAACCGUGUUUACGGUCAGAUGUUUGUUGAAUGGAUGCAAGAGGGAAAAUUGAACGAUUACCAUGAAGAGUUCUUGAUAAGUGAUACGGUCGCCGAUGUGGACGAAGAAAAAUUGGCUAAUACGAUAGAUAAUGAAAGGUUAUGGGAUACAAGGUUCGUGAUACGGAAGGAUGGAUUACUUCCGCAAUUUCGCGAUAAAGAAUUGCAACAGAAAAUAUUGAUGACGGGUAAAAUUUGGAAUUUAAUCGCCAUAUGCUGCGGAAACACAGCUCUUAAACCUAGAUCCUGGGGAACUAGUGUCACUAACAUCGAUAUAACAAAUAUGACCUUCUUGAAAGGGUAUGUCAACGAAUGUUACCAACAGGCUAACGAAAAGUGUCUCAAGAUGUACUACGAAGGGUACCACAUGGAUAAAUUUCUGAAUCUGAUACACGAUCAGUCGUAUGUACAUGGAGUCAUCGAUCAAUUAUGGAACACCAAAUUCUUAAGUAAGACGCUAUUCGAGUUAACUCGAAGUCCGACAGAGUCUACGUUGCACAAGAUUCAAAGGCAUUUCGAUGACAUCUUAAAAGAAAUUUCCGUAGAAGAUACCUAUAGACACAUGAUAUUAUCUAAAUUGACCAGCGUGAAGAUUGAUACAUGCCCAUUUUACGAGACUCUAAGACAAUUCAUUGAUGAACAAGAAACUGGGUUGCUAAACGCCGAUAAUUUCCAACAAUUAAAGGGGAUGCUAGUCGCUGAAGAACAGAAUCAUACUUCACAGGGCUCAAAUGAACUCGAUGAAGGGAGGAAGAGCAAAAAAAAGAAAAAUGCAACCCCAACUGCAAUGUAUGUACAAUUCGAAACAAGCAUACCGUAUCCUUUGAACAUAAUAUGGACGAAACCAGUGAUGGUACAAUAUCAAAUGAUACAAAGGUUAUUAUUGAUACUCUCAUAUCAUGAAAGGUUACUAGAGGACACGUGGUUCGAAAUCAGUAAGAACAAGCAUUGGAGACGCAACUCUUCCCAGCAAAGUGAAUACGAGACGCAUGGGAUGAUCUUCGAGGACAACAAUGACGAUGAUGAUGAUGGUGUUAGAUAUUUCUACGUUAGAGGUCAAUGUAUCAGGUUAGCUCGAAUAUUGCACUUCCAGAUGAGAUCAAUGGUGAAAAGUAAAAGAAACCAAGUUACGUCUGCUGCCGCUGCUGCCACAGCCGUUGCCGCGACUGGAACCCACCCAAUGCAGGAAGACCUCUUACAGAUUCAACAACACGUACAGGACCACGUGACCAACAUCGUAUCCCUAUCUGGAUUAACAUCACUGCCACAGAUCGAAUUGCAAGAAGCCACACUUCACGUGAUCCACUCGUUCAUCAGGUUUGUAGCUUCAUGGCGCAGGACUUCUGAUGAUGAACUAUCUGGCUCAUCCGGAUGGAUCACAAGGAUGGAUACCCUCAGACAGUACGUUUCCGUAUGGAGCGAUCUUACAAGAACCAACAGUUGA